AUGGAUGACAGCGACGAUGAAACAUCCAGCAAUAGUGACGGUCUAGAUAAUGCUUCCAGUUACUCUAUUGAAGAUAAAGAAUAUGACAGACGUGGUUAUUCCGGACACCUUAAUCUCCGCCGACGGCUGUUUACAUCUACAAGUCAGACAGUUGAAGCGGAUGAGGGAUCAUCCCCUCUAGUUUCACGCGCCACAGCAACGAGUGCGCUAAAGAAAGUCGGAGCAAACUCAAAGUUUGAAAGUGUUCGAGCUAAAAAUGUAGUGUCUACUGAACCUUUCUGCCAUGUGAAAUUGGAUUCUAUCAUCCAACUGAAAGACAGUACUAAAAAACUGCUAUGUCUUUUAGACGACAUUCAAAUAAAAUCGAAACUCAAACAGCCACCUACGGAAAACAAUUGGAGGACAGCGGGAUUGAUUAAUCCCAUUCCAUCAAGCAUCGAUAUCAAUUCUGAUGUUUGUACAAUGGCCAUAAAGAGAUUGGAAACUCAAACACAGCUUUUGGAAUCGAUUGAUAUUGCAGAUGAAGAUGAUGAUUGUUCAGUAUAUAAAAAGUUAACAAGAAAAUGCAACUGUUUGACUCAACAUGAGUACAAUGAUUUCGUAAUACAUUUUAAUGAACAAACCAAGUUCUUUACCAACACAUCUGGCGAGAUUAUCAAGAACUUACGUAUAUUAAAGAAAUUCUUAUACAUGGGUGGAAACUAUACAAAGCAUGCAUUGAUGUUCCUAAAUGAGGGUUUGAAAGAUUCUUCUUACGCUGAGAAAGUAGAGAUCAUACAAGGAUGUGCGUACACUGAUAUAUGUAACAUUUUUGAAGAUAUCUCUUUAGUAAUUUCGUGUAUAGCAUGGCCUUAUAAAUAUGAUUCUUAUGGAGACACCGUGACUCAGGAAUUAGCAGCAGCCUUUUUAUUCAAAUUGGCUCAAGUGGAAGAGGGACGGCGGUACUUGAAAUUAACUUCCAAAAUUAACAAUGACAUAAAGAAAGUAUUUAGAUUAAAAGGAUCGAGAUUGGAUUUUAAUACUGUAGAGUCAUUGCAUGCCACUUUAGACGCACUGGACCCAAACAACAGUAAAGAAAAUGUUAACGCUGCAUACUACUGUAGACCUGAUGAUGAAGGUUUCGGAACACAAACCAUGAGUGCUUUACAACACUAUCGGCGAUACAUGACGAUGGACGAAAUUUUCACUCAUUUGGACUUCCUUAAAAAAUUGAGUAGCGAAUCCAAGGGGAAAAAAGAGUUAACCAAAUGGCUGCUAGUUUUAGUAAUGCUAUUUAAAGAUAUGCUUUUCGAAUAUAAUAACAGCGAAAUGAACAUUUUAGUUACUAACAUACUAAACAAUUUACUAACAAAAGAUAUGAUAGCAAUAAAACAGUCUGAUUUGCCGAAAGUGAUGAUGGUUGCAGAUAUAGCGACGGAGCCCAUACACAAGAGGGAUGUAUCUAAUCAAAUUCCAAUACCAAAGAAAAUCGAGAGAAAGACUAGAAGAUUAAAGAGCUGUCUGCGGAUGUCAACCAAAAAAAAUGGAAAAUCACAAGUAAUUAUAGUACCAAGAGAAAAAUGUACACAUUGA